AUGGAGGUCACACAUCUCCUGUUCGCAGAUGACACUAUCAUUUUUCGUGAGGAUGACCCUCCGCACAUUCUGAAUCUGAGAUGUAUCUUGGCAGGGUUUGAGGCAGUUUCAGGUUGCAAAAUGGGUACUUUCCCUAUAACUACUUUGGGCUACCUCUCGGCACCAAAUUCAAAGAUAAAGGACUGUGAGACCCCAUCAUUGAAAAAUUUGAAGAAAGACAGGCUGGAUGGACGAGGAAUUUCUUAUCAAAAGUUGCCAAGAGACUUGAAGGAAUUCAAAGGAGGUUUUUCCAGAAAAGCUUCGAGGCAAAUUCAAAUUUCAUCUUGUCAAAUGGGGCAUGGUAAAAAGCCCUUUCGUCUAGGAGGCUUGGGUUUGAAGUCCCUCCACAUUUUCAAUAAAGCCCCAUUAGGGAAAUGGUUGUGGAGAUUCAUGAUUAAGAAAGACCACCUUUGGCAGGGAACCAUUGCUGUGAAAUAUGGACUUGAUUCACUUGAAAGUAACAUUGGAUCUCCCAGGCUAACAGAGAACCACAUGGUGUAG